AUGGUUUUAAAUUUGACAGUGCUGAACAUAUUUAUGUUAAAAAAGAUAAUCUAUCAACGUCUGUGUCCAACAAAAACAAUAAAAGUUAUUUUUGUUGAUAAAUUAAACUGUGAAACAUUUUUAAAAACUGGGUUAAAAAUUGAUAAUUUGCAUUAUGAUCCUGAACCAGCUAAACCAAAUACACAACCCGUUCAGUGCUACAAAUGUUGUAAAUUUGGACAUCCAGCAAAAUAUUGCAAAAAUGUUGAAAUAUGUAAUAAAUGUAGUGGUUCACAUGCAGCAAACAUUUGUACAAGUACAGAUGUUAAAUGCAUAAAUUGUGAUGAACAACAUAUGGCAACAUCAAAACAAUGUAAAGAAUAUUUAAGAAAUAAAGAGAAAAUUAAAAAAACAAUUUUUGAAUGA